GGGCAAGUGGGAACAGGCCAGGACCCCAAUCCCAGAACCCCAAGCUGUAGUCAUACCCCUACCUGCUUGGAUCCUUCUAGGCCGGCUUGUUUGGGGCCACCAAGCUUCAAGCCUGCUGGGGGCGACAGUGCUCCUGUCCCACGCAGUCUCGGGUGGCAUGGCUGGCAAGGGUCCCUGUGGGAAAGCGUGGCUGCUGUUGGCUAGGGUUUGGGUGGGCGGUAGUGUUGGAUUCUGCGGGCUCUGCUUUCAGCUCCCGCCCAGAACCCCCACUAGCCUGGGCCUGAGAACAGCCACUCUCACUCCUCCCGAGAGCCCUCCAAGUGCUUCUCCUACAGAAGAGUGUGGGGAUGACCGACUACAGGACACUCUUUUCUUCUCCAGGUGCCGGCUCUACUGUGACCACGCCCAUUACCCUCAGCCUCUUGCUCCUCCUUAGCCAGGCCACCUCAGACCCAUGCUAUGAUCCAGGAGGGCGCCCUCGCUUUUGCCUCCCACCAGUGACCCAGUUGGUUGGCAAGGCAGCAGCCCCCUGCUCUCAGACCUGUGCUCUUCCUGCAGCCAGCCCUGGCCCUGCCUGCAACAGUAGUCUGACCCUGGACCUGGACGGCUCCUUCCUCUUGACAUCUGUGACCCUGCGUUUCUGCACAGCGGGACCUCCAGCCCUGGUUCUUUCUGCUGCCUGGGCCACUGGGGGGCCCUGGAGGCCACUAUGGCGUAGGCCUGCCUGGCCUGGGGCUCUGGGGGGCCCCAAGAAGGUAACCUUUCACUCCCCCCCAGGCCCCAAGACCAGGAUAGUGGCCAGCUACCUCCGUGUGGAGUUCGGGGGAAAAGCAGGGCUGGUGACCACUGGAGUAAGAGGCCGCUGCCAGUGCCACGGCCACGCUGCCCGCUGUGCCACUCGGGCCCAGCCCCCACGCUGCCGCUGCCGCCACCACACCACUGGCCCAGGGUGUGAGAGCUGUCGCCCAUCCCAUCGAGACUGGCCCUGGCGACCUGCCACACCCCAGCACCCUCACCCGUGCUUGCCCUGUUCCUGCAAUCAGCAUGCCCGCCGCUGCCGAUUCAACUCCGAGCUAUUCAGGUUGUCAGGUGGCCGUAGUGGGGGUGUGUGUGAGCGGUGCCGCCACCACACAGCUGGGCGGCACUGUCACUACUGCCAGCCAGGGUUCUGGAGGGACCCGAGCCAGCCCAUCACUAGUCACAAGGCAUGCAGGGCCUGCCAGUGCCACCCAAUUGGAGCAACGGGAGGGAUGUGCAACCAGACCAGUGGCCAGUGCUCCUGCAAGUUAGGGGUCACAGGCCUGACAUGCAAUCGCUGUGGUCCUGGCUACCAGCAGAGCCGCUCACCCAGGAUGCCCUGCCAACGUGAGUCCUAUGGCACACGAAGCCGAAUUCCAGAGGCAACAACUACCCCUGCUACUACCCCUGUUGCAUCUCGAUCAGACCCACAGUGUCAAGGCUAUUGCAAUGUCUCCGUCAGCAGUGUGCACAUGAGCCUUCAGAGAUACUGUCAGCAGGAUUAUGUUCUGCACGCCCAGGUUUCAGCGUCGUCGUCGCAGCCGUCUGAGGCGGUGGGCCCCGAGUGGUGGCGGCUGGCCGUGCACGUGCUGGCUGUGUUCAAACAGCGUGCGUGGCCCGUGCGCCGCGGUGGCCAGGAGGCCUGGGUGCCACGUGCUGACCUAAUCUGCGGCUGCCUGCGCCUGCGCCCUGGCGCUGACUACCUCCUGCUGGGCCGUGCUGCGCAGACCCACGACGACGACAACUAUGACCCUGCGCGCCUCAUCCUGAACCGCCACGGCCUCGCGCUGCCCUGGAGACCACGAUGGGCCCGGCCGCUGCGGCGACUGCAGCAGAAGGAGCGCGGAGGUGCCUGCCGAGGCCUGCUGCCACCCACACGGAGCCCUGGGCCCAGGAACUAAAGUGAGCUACUAAUGUAAGGUGUGAGUCCCCAGAGCCAAUCAGAAGCUUCAGUGCCCGUGACGCCACUCCGCAUGUGACGUUGCCUACGUUGGGACCGGAAGUGACUGCUUGGACCUGUGAGCCUUAUAGGUUAUUUGUCACAAUAAAGGCUCAUGUCUUGUGGAA